UACACGGAGUGAUGAAGAUGCUGCACUUCCUCACCAGACAGAAGCGGUUCCUUGCAGCCAGCCUGGUAGUUUUUACCACCCAGCAUGUGUCACUGCGUCUUGUCUGGGCCUUGAACAAUAUCCCUCAGUUGCGGCAGGCAGUCGAAGACGGCUCCUGUUAUUUUGGGACCAUAGACACCUGGCUGCUGUACAAACUGACUAAAGGCCUGGUUCAUGCUACUGAUUACUCUAAUGCCAGCGCAACAGCAAUAUUUGAUUCCUAUCAGGUCAGUUACAACUGUCCAAUUACUAUAUUUGUGUAA